UCCUGAUUCAAUACAACACGAUUACGUGCGUGCGCUUGUGUCUCUUGAGACUGAAUAUUACAUCUGUUGUUUUUUUUAUAUAUAUAUAAAGUCAAGCAUGCAAAAGGAUUUAUGGUUUUACACGUGAUGUGAAGUGGUGUCCCAUAAAAUCACUGUUUUGGAUAUUUCCAUACAUCUGUAAAAAUGUGCUUGAAAUUCCACGUUUACAAAACAUAGUGUGGUGGAUAAUAAUUGGUUUUCACACCAAAUGUACGCUUUAUUUACUGACUUCAGAGAGAUGAAAUAGUGAACCAAAUGUAUAGCGAAGCACUACCUAACCUUACAAAACUGAAAAAGCCACAGAGAAAUUUUAAAAUCCUUUUUCGAAUACAGCACUAAUAUUCUUUCUCUUUAGCUGCACAAUACAAAUAUGACUGUAAGAAAGUUUCAAUAAUCUGAAGCAACAAACAACAAAAGUGUGGAUGCCACGUGGAAAAUCUGUGAACCCAUGACCUUACACAAGAACUUCACUGUGCUGUGUGUGCAACAGCGCAUAGACUAAGCACAUUUCUGCGAUGGAAUGAAUGUGGUGUGAUUCCGAGUCUCACGAGUGAUGGUCAGAUGACCAGCAAUCCCGUGCCAAGCCGAGGGGCAGACUUUUUGCCGGCCCUCGGGUUUAAUCUCUUCUUGACGCACCGUGCCUCCGAACGCGCUGAACAAACUCAUUCGUCCUCACAAACGGUGGGCGCUAUAAAACAAAAGAAAGGACUUUACCGCAACGUGCUGUGGACGAGACACGCGCGUGCACAAGCAUGGCAAACUCCGAAGGCGAUAGCGUCCUCGUCGAGGAGCAACGUGCGAGGCAACCGACGAGCAGGCUGCUCAUGCACAGCGUCAUCAUGUUUGGCCGGGAGUUCUGCUAUGCGGUGGAAGCUGCGUUCGUGAUGCCGGUGCUGCUCAGCGUGGGUCUCCCGCGGAGCCUGUACGGCGUCGUAUGGUUCAUCAGCCCCUUGCUGGGCUUCGUGCUGCAGCCGAUCAUCGGCUCAGCGAGCGAUCACUGCCGCUCGAGGUUCGGGCGCCGCAGGCCGUACAUCGUGGCCUUGGCGGUGCUCAUGCUAACGGGGAUGACGCUGUUUCUCAACGGCGACUCCAUCAUUUCGGAAAUUUCCGAGAACAAUAGCCCAACUUGGGCCAUCGUGAUCUGCAUGUUUGGAGUGGUGCUGUUUGACUUCUCCGCUGACUUUAUUGACGGCCCCAUUAAAGCCUAUCUAUUUGAUGUUUGCGUUCACGCUGACAAGGAGCGGGGAUUGCAGAUGCAGGCUCUGCUGACAGGACUUGGCGGAGCACUCGGGUACCUAACGGGUGCCAUUGACUGGAAGAGCACUUCCCUGGGCCCUGCCUUUGGCUCGGAGUACCACGUCAUCUACCUGUUUGUGGCCAUCGUCUUGUCUUCGGUGGUGGUCAUGCACAUUGUCAGCAUCCCCGAGAUGCCCCUCUCCAGGGAGCAAAGGCAUCACGAGGAGCCGGCAAAAACGAACGGGGCCUAUGAGCGAGUAGCCACACAGUCGGCAGGCUAUGGUGGUUUGUACGGAAGCACAGACGAUGUGGCCAAUGGAGUGCCGUAUCAUGCCGACACGAGGUCCCUGACUCAGGACCCUCUGAGUAAUGGUGUACUAUCUAAGACUCCUGUCGGAAACUUUAAACAGCUGCCACAACGCCGGAUGAGCCUCAGGAGACUCCUGAGUGCCCUCGCCAGCAUGCCGUGGACACUGCGGCGCCUGUGCAUCAGUCACCUCCUGGGAUGGAUGGCCUUCCUCUCCAUCAUGCUAUUCUUCACUGACUACAUGGGCCAGAUUGUCUAUAAAGGAGAUCCAUAUGCCAAGCAUACCUCCUCCGAGUACAGGCUGUACGAGGACGGGGUUGAGAUUGGGUGCUGGGGGAUGUGCAUCAACGCUCUGUCUUCUGCCAUCUACUCGUAUUGCCAAAAGUGGAUAACCCCGGUGCUGGGUCUGCGAGCCAUGUACUUUUUGGGAUAUUUUGCUUUCGGUGUUGGCACUGGUCUGAUAGCCAUCAUUCCCAACAUCGACUCCACGCUGGCACUGUGCACGGUGUUCGGGAUCAUGUCCAGCACGUUAUACACCGUGCCCUACAGCCUCGUUGCAGAAUACCAUCUGGAGGAAGAGAUGGCGCAGCUCGGCAGCGUGGGCGAGUCUGGCGGCGCAGUCCAAGCCGCGCACCGGGGCGCCGGCUUGGACUGCGCGGCGCUCACGUGCAUGGUGCAGUUGGCGCAGAUCCUGGUCGGCGCCGGCCUCGGCGCGAUCGUCAACGCCGUUGGCAGCGUGGUGGUCGUGGCGAUCUCGGGGUCGGCCGUCGCGCUCUUGGGCUGCGUCUUCAUUGCUGUGUUCAUCCGAAGCUGAGCCGUGAUUUACGAUGAUUCGUUUUUUUGAAUGUGCGUUUUUCACCAAACUCGACCACCCAACCUUUGAAUGUAUCCGGACAGCGAGCGGAGAAACUUUUGGCCGCUUUGCUCAAAUAUUGCUGAAGCGAAAGGUGCCGUGACAAUUGUGACAAAGUUCAGAGGUUUUGCAUGUUUUACACGGUUUAUUCCUUGUCUCUUCAGAUGGAAAUGUUACUAUUUUCGAAAAAAAUUAUACUCCAGGUGUUAUUUAAUCAUUUUAAUAUAUACACACACAAGGAAUGUGUGUGAUUAAUCCUGUAGUUUCCAAACUAGAGGUUGUAACAUUCUAAGGGACUAGAGAUACACAUACUUUUAGUUGGUGAUACAGUUUAAUAUUUCUAAUAAUAUUGUUAUAAAGUCCUUUGUUAAUACACUACUGGAUUGAGGUACUGCCUCACCAUUAUAAUCAUGUGGGUUUAGUAAUAGGUUUUUACCCUUUUUUCUGCCACAAAAACUGACACCUUUAUUCAAGGCAUCAUGUUUGCAAUAACCACAACACAAGCAGUCAAAAUGCAAACAAGAGACAACUCUGAUAAUAA